CGACCUUCGAUCCAACACUCCCAACUUCGUGUGUGUCACUUUCGAGUUCAGGCAAACACAAGCUUUGCGCUUCUUUGGAUACAGAACGAUUUACUUUUAAUACGAAGCCUGAAAGGUCAAGCCGUCAAAGCGUUCUCUUCAUAUUGCUGGGUAGUUCCAGUAGUUUGGCGCUUUCCAGAGUUUUUCAGGUUUCCGCCAGGUCUCUGAUUCCGAGCUGCUCAAGGGUCAACAACUAUCAGUCGAACCGGCGAUCGCCGUUAUCUGCUCUGAGGUACAAUGGACGAUGAUGAUGUGCCAAUUGCUUUGACCCCAACUGCCAAGGCCGAAAAGAAGCCAGCAGUAAAGAGAGUCAAAAAGGAGGAAAAGAAGAGCGAUAAAGGCAAGGAAAAGAAGAAGGCCAAGCCUGCAGACAAGAAAGGGAAGGGAAAGGAGACGAAGAAGGUUGCAGACAAGAAGACGGAAGUGAAGAAGGAGCGGAAGGUCUAUGACCUCCCUGGCCAGAAGCAUGACAUUCCUGCUGAGCGAGAUCCACUCCGAGUGUUUUAUGAGAGCCUUUACAAUCAGCGACCAGAGAGCGAGAUGGCUCAGUUCUGGAUGAUGGAGCAUGGGUUGCUAGAUGAAGACCUUGCACAAAAGGUUUUCGAAAAGAAACAAAAACUGUUGAGGAAAGGGACUAUCGUAGCUAGCCCUGCCAAGGGACGGUCUGCUUCUAAGUCCAGUAGUAAAUCGAAAAAAGCGACUCCUGCAUCAAAGACGAAAAAGGGUAAGUCGUCCUCGAAGAAAAAGAGUGAUGAGAAACCUGCCAAGAAGAAGCCUAAGAAGUGAGACUGCUGAUGCUUGUGCAAUCGAGCGCUAUGCUUAGAAGACUUUAUGAGAAGGCUCAGUGAGACGGAGGCAGGCCAAUCCUGAUAGAAAUGCAAAUCUGCAUGACAGACAACUUAGAGACCGCACUAAUAUUUGGCGGAAGCGCAAAGGCAGCGUAUCCUGCCAGUCCAGUUUUCAUGUCGGGCCCAUCAGGCCAUCACGUUGGCCAAUUUUUGGCAACUGGCAGAUUACCAUAGCUACACGAUGGAUCUGUUGCUAAGAGCGCGGC